UGACAGUCUGCAGAAGUGAGCUGAGCGUGUGCGCGAUACAGGGCUCUCCUGCCUUCUGGGCUCCAACGCAGCUCUGUGGCUGAACUGGGUGCUCGCCACCAGAAAUGCUGGGCUAUGGAAUACAGAUGUGGCAGCUCAGGUAGCCUCAUGUUGCCUGAAGGAAUACAUCUUGCUUUCUGAUAAGAAGAAAUUGUAGAAGCCAGUUUUUUUUUUUUUUUUUUUUUUUACACCACCUCCCCCCCACCAAAAAAAAAAAAAAAACUGUAAAGAUGCAAAAACGUAAUAUCCAUGAAGAUCCUAUUACCUAGGAAGAUUUUGAUGUUUUGCUGCGAAUGCGGUGUUGGGAUUUAUUUGUUCUUGGAGUGUUCUGCGUGGCUGGCAAAGAAUAAUGUUCCAAAAUCGGUCCAUCUCCCAAGGGGUCCAAUUUUUCUUCCUGGGUGUCAGCGAGCCCUGACUCACUACAGUGCAGCUGACAGGGGCUGUCACGCAAGUGGCCCCCUAAGCCAAAGCAAAAGACCUAAGGACGACCUUUGAACAAUACAAAGGAUGGGUUUCAAUGUAAUUAGGCUACUGAGCGGAUCAGCUGUAGCACUGGUUAUAGCCCCCACUGUCUUACUGACAAUGCUUUCUUCUGCUGAACGAGGAUGCCCUAAGGGCUGUAGGUGUGAAGGCAAAAUGGUAUAUUGUGAAUCUCAGAAAUUACAGGAGAUACCCUCAAGUAUAUCUGCUGGUUGCUUAGGUUUGUCCCUUCGCUAUAACAGCCUUCAAAAACUUAAGUAUAAUCAAUUCAAAGGGCUCAACCAGCUCACCUGGCUGUACCUUGACCAUAACCAUAUCAGCAAUAUUGAUGAGAAUGCUUUUAAUGGAAUACGCAGACUCAAAGAGUUGAUUCUGAGUUCCAACAGAAUCUCCUAUUUUCUCAACAAUACCUUCAGACCUGUGACAAAUUUACGGAACUUGGAUCUGUCCUACAAUCAGCUGCAUUCUCUGGGAUCUGAACAGUUUCGGGGCUUGCGAAAGCUGCUGAGUUUACAUCUCCGGUCUAACUCCCUGAGAACCAUCCCAGUGCGAAUAUUCCAAGACUGCCGCAACCUGGAACUUCUGGACCUGGGAUACAACCGGAUCCGAAGUUUAGCCAGGAAUGUCUUUGCUGGUAUGAUCAGACUCAAAGAACUUCACCUGGAGCACAAUCAAUUUUCUAAGCUCAAUCUGGCCCUUUUUCCAAGGUUGGUGAGCCUUCAGAACCUGUACUUGCAGUGGAAUAAAAUCAGUGUCAUAGGACAGACCAUGUCCUGGACCUGGAGCUCAUUACAAAGGCUUGAUUUAUCAGGCAAUGAGAUCGAAGCUUUUAGUGGACCCAGUGUUUUCCAGUGCGUCCCAAAUCUGCAGCGCCUCAACCUGGAUUCCAACAAGCUCACAUUUAUUGGUCAAGAGAUUUUGGAUUCUUGGAUAUCCCUCAAUGACAUCAGUCUUGCCGGGAAUAUAUGGGAAUGCAGCAGAAAUAUUUGUUCCCUGGUAAACUGGCUGAAAAGUUUUAAAGGACUGAGGGAGAAUACAAUUAUCUGUGCCAGUCCCAAAGAGCUGCAAGGAGUAAAUGUGAUUGAUGCAGUGAAGAACUACAGCAUCUGUGGCAAAAGUACCACAGAGAGGUUUGAUCUGGCCAGGGCGCUCCCCAAGCCAACGUUUAAGCCCAAGCUCCCCAGGCCGAAGCACGAAAGCAAACCCCCCCUGCCCCCCACGGCGGGGGCCACGGAGCCUGGCCCCGAGACCGAUGCUGACACCGAGCACAUCUCUUUUCAUAAAAUCAUCGCGGGGAGCGUGGCCCUUUUCUUGUCUGUGCUUGUCAUCCUGCUCGUCAUCUACGUGUCGUGGAAGCGGUAUCCUGCCAGCAUGAAGCAGCUGCAGCAGCGCUCCCUCAUGAGAAGACACAGGAAAAAGAAACGACAGUCCCUAAAGCAAAUGACUCCCAGCACCCAGGAAUUUUACGUAGAUUAUAAACCCACCAACACAGAGACCAGCGAGAUGCUGCUGAACGGGACGGGACCCUGCACCUAUAGCAAAUCAGGCUCCAGGGAGUGUGAGAUACCUUUAUCAAUGAAUGUGUCAACUUUUCUGGCAUACGACCAGCCCACAAUAAGUUACUGUGGGGUGCAUCACGAACUUCUCUCUCAUAAGUCUUUUGAAACGAAUGCACAGGAAGAUACGAUGGAAACACAUCUAGAGACUGAGCUGGACCUGAGCACAAUCACGGCAGCUGGCCGCGUCAGUGACCAUAAACAGCCGCUGGCUUGACUGGGCUGAGUGGCAGCCGAGAGCUGCCACCAAACUGUGUAUCCUCAAGGACAAAAUGAGGAAGAUUUGUUCAUUGUGGACUCUAAAAACAACACAACCCCCUGUUAAAAUAAACAAAAAUCCAAGAUUGAUUUAUGAAAUAAAGAAGACAUGAAUUGUUUCAAGUCUACACUUUGUAACUAGCUAAGUUGUGCAGUAUUUUUUUGACUUAAAAAGAGUAUGACCCUGAAAAAAAAAUCUUUUUUUUCUCAAAAUUCAUCCUGUACAGAGCUAAUGUAUUUUUCAUAUUGUAAAGUUUCAAUUACAGAAACAAUUGGUAUGUACAGUACCAUAAUUUAAUUACAUUUCACUUUACAAACUUUACACAUUUCAGUUUCUAAAAUUUUAAAUUAACAAAUUUUAUUUCUUGUGUUAUUCAGAGUUACUCAGUUUUGUAGGGACUGUUUUGUUACUGCUUUUUGUGCCCAGAAACCUUGACUCUAAAAUUCUGUGCUGUGCAAAACAUGCACGAUUUUUAUCAUGCUUACUGCGUAGAAUUUUAUCUACUUGUUCCAGAAAUAAUACAUUAACCAAAAAGGGUUUAAUUGUUGAGACUUGUAAGAAGUUCUUCAAUUACAUAGACAGGUUUUUCUUAUAAAUGAAAAAAAAGAAUCAAAGAUUUUUUUAACACUUCUCAGAUUUAACUGUUGCCUUGAAUUACAGCCUAGUUUCUAAGCAGUGAAAUGUAAUGAUAAAGAGGGAUAUUUUUAACAAUAUAUUUCCGAAUGAAUGACUCAUUAUUUCAUUCUUUUGAGUAACCCAUUGUUAAGGGUGUGGGGGGAGGGGAGCAUGGACAAAACAUCACUGGAAACAAAGGCCGUAACCACAGCAACAGACUUUGAUACACUUAAAAGGUGCAGCUGCCAGGGACAAAGAAAAACUUGUUAACAUCUCAUUAUUUCAGGCCAAGGUGGGAGGAUGAAGCAUAAUAAUUGAACAGUAGAAAUUUUUCUCUUAAUUAACCUGAAGUGGUUUACCUAAAAAUAACCAUCAGUCUGGGCAAAAUGUGCCUGGUUUUUAAAACAAUUUCUCCUUUAGAAUGGUGAGGCUACAUUUUAGGAUCAUCUCAAAGGGAUGAAAAUUUUCACUUUGUGUGAAAAUAUAUAUGAAAAUUUUCACUUUGUGUGCUACAUCAAUUUUCUCCUGGGGGAGAACUCUAAAUAUUUAUAGCUCAUUCAAUAUACACGAGAGCCAUGGUGAAGAACUUUAUCACUGAAGUAGACUGUAAACAUCCUUAAAAUAUUCUACACUGUUUAUAUUGCUAUUUUAUAAUGAGGUUCACUUCCAAAUUAUCUGAAAAAUAACCCAGAGUAAUUUGAAACCACCCUGGAUCCUAUAUUGAUUAUCUGAUUGUAUUAUAAAGCUAAUUCAAUCAAAUUAGAAAACUUGACUUUUCAGAGGCUGAAAUAAUCAACUUGUUUCUGUAGUUUGCUUGACACAGGUUACUGUUUGAAAAUAUUGUCAUUUUAUCUAUGGUAUUCAUACAUUCUUUUGUGUUUUGUGAAACAUAUAAGUUUAAAUUGCUGUUACACUAGGAGAAGUGCUUUUUGGUUUUCAUUUUUAAUUUAUGACAUAGAAAUAGGUUGAGAAUAUACCUAAUAGGGAUAAGACAGUCAAAAAUAAUGAAGAAAAUAACGUGAAAAUUGAUGUCAAACAUUUAAUUUUUUAUUUCUUUCAAAGAAAUUCAAAUUUGUAGUUUUAUGCAGGUUUAUCAUUGCAAAUUUAAGAGCAGCGUCAAGAAGAAUGAAUUUAAAUAAUGAAGAGCAAAUUUUUGUUGAAAAUAUAGUCAGAGGGAAAAAAAAAACAAAAUGUUGGAAAAGCAAACUUACUAAUUUAAAUGAAACUAAAUGUCACAGUACUUGUAUCAACUACUUAGCAUUCCAGAUUUUGUAAUAUAUUUUGCAUAAAUUAUUUGCUAUUCAAAAAAUUUUGUAAUUUUCAGUUUAAUCUCUAUUUUUUCCAAUUUCUAAUUUUCUUGUAGUUUAUUACUGUCAGAAUAUUCUUAAUCCUCUACACUGGGAUUUUGCUUUGCAGUUAGCAAAUCUAUAGAGGAUUAAUUAUGAAUCUAUUAUGUGUGGAUCUGAAAUCAGAUACAAAAUUUUAUUUAUUAUGUAAACCAAAAUGUCAUUUGCAAUUUUUUCUCACUAGAAGUUGUCCUUGCAAAGAUUCAAAUAUCUUUUAAUUUGUGUAAAUGAGCACUUUAUAUAUCUUUCCAGACAUUUUCAAAUUGACAAAUCAUUUUUAGAAAAUUUAAGGUUCCAGGGAGCCUCACAAAUAUAUGCCCUUUAUUUCCUGAACCAAACCACUUUCUUGUUUAGGCAUUUUAAGUUCAUCUAAAGUGAACAACUAUAAAUAGAAGCAUACACUUUGGAACCAUAGCUCUGUGUGUCUGAGGACUUACUACAAGCUACAUACAGUAAGAGCCAAGUAAACGUAGAACUUUCGUUUUCCUCAUAUUUGAAAUUAAACCCAAUGGACCUCUAAUCAGAAAAAAAAAAAAAGGUGCUGGGUUACUUGUUUGCUUAAUUUUUAUUCUACCAUACCCAGGGGUGUGGGCGCUGGGGGAAAAUGAAAACCUGCUAACGGAGAUUCUGUCUGGAAUAUUUACAUUUGCAAUUUAUAUAUUUGUGUCUAAAAUCUUACCUCUAACUUAUCUUUUUCAGGAUUCAAUAAUCUCCCAUUUCUUCUUUCUAACCAUUCCAUGUCUCCCUACUUACUAUUCACUUAUUUAAACAACUGAAAUACUUCUGUAUUUGGAGUUGAAAAAUGCAGUUUAGCCCAGUGUGGUUACAGUAACAGCAAUGGCUGCAAACAAAUUUAUGCAGUGUUUUGAGGUUUACAAACCACAUUUCACAUUUUGUCUUUAUAACCAAUCUAUGAAGACACAUUAAUCUCAAAGAAGUUGAAACUUACCUAAGGACAUAGAGCUAAUAAUUGAUGGAACUGACCUACUCUCAAAAUUCAGACCCUAUCCUAUUAGUCUUUCCACUAAUCUAAAAGCCUUCCCUCUCUAAUCAGGGCCAGAGAAUUUCCAGAUAGUAAACAGAAUUUUUAAAAAUAUUUGAUAUGUUGUUUAGUCAUCCCUAAUUUAAAUCAGUUCCUCUAUCUGUAUAACAUAUGAGCUAAAUGGACUCUUUCUGUGUGCUACACUGGGCUCUCACAUUAAAACUCUUUAUUCAGAAAGUAUAACAAGUCAUCAGUUUCUUAACAAAUCAUAUCGUUUGUAAAUGUGUAGAAUUGUUGCUUCCAGGAAUUGGAUGUAUACAGGCCCCAAGGUACAGAAUAAAAUUGAGAAGCACAUGAUAAAGACAAAGAUCAAAAUUGAGAUUGUGUGUAUGGUUAUAAGACAGAUUCAGAGUGUAAGGUUGAAUAUAUGUUUACAACAUGUUCAAUUAAACACAUGUUCAAUUCAAAGCUAAUUGGGAAAACCUUUAUAAUUUUCUUUUUUCCUUUUUUUGUUUCAGCAAAAAAUAAUUAUUGAACCGUGAAUUCUUAUACCUAGAGAGAAUAGAGAAUAAUUUUCUCUAUUCUUCUUCCAACAAAAAUGAAAAGCAAUUCAUCCAAAUUGAUGUAUAAAUAAUAAAACAUACAUUAAUAAGUAAAUAAUAUUCUUGAUCAAUUCAUUUUUAUCAUCUCCAUCCCUAUUUCCAAAACCAUAAAAUCAGACAUAUUUUAAUAUGAAAUUAUUUAAAAGAAUUUUAUUUAGAAGAAAUUAUUAUUUAGAGGAAAAGAAAACUUGCCCAAAUUUAACAUUUAAGAGAAACAGCAUAAUCCUGACUUGAAAUCAGAUCAGCAUGACUCCACAAACUGCUUACAAACAGCAAAAUCUUUUUUGCAAAAAUGUUUUCUAAA